AUGGCGGCGGUGAAGGCUUUCUCAGUGCUGCGGCAGAGCUUGACGCGGUGGCCCCAGUGGUCCUGCCCGCGGCUGGCCCCGCUCCGCAUUUCCAGAAGGAACAUCCUCGGGCUUUCUUUCCGCUCAGGCCUUCUGACCCCAUGCCAGUAUUAUAAAACUCCCUCCAGGGAUGGUGUGGAGACCAAGCAGGUGCUACAGUUCUACUGCUGAAGCAGCCGCCGCUAAAGCAGAGGACGACUCUUUCCUCCAAUGGUUCCUGCUUCUCAUCCCUGCUACUGCUUUUGGCCUGGGGACUUGGCAGGUCCAACGUCGGAAAUGGAAGCUGAAACUGAUUGCAGAAUUAGAGUCUCGAAUAAUGGCUGAGCCCAUUCCUCUGCCUGCCGACCCAAUGGAACUGAAAAACCUGGAGUACAGGCCAGUGAAGGUCAGGGGGCACUUUGACCACUCCAAAGAGCUGUACAUGAUGCCUCGGACCAAGGUGGACCCUGCUCGAGAGGCCCGUGAUGCUGGCCGAAUCUCUUCCUCAAUGGAAAGUGGAGCCUAUGUAGUUACUCCUUUCCACUGCUCUGACUUGGGAGUUACCAUCCUGGUUAACAGAGGGUUUGUUCCCAAGAAGAAAGUGAAUCCGGAAACCAGACAGAAAGGCCAGGUUCUUGGAGAAGUAGACCUAGUUGGCAUAGUGAGGCUAACAGAAACCAGGAAGCCCUUUGUCCCUGAGAACAGUCCAGAACAGAAUCACUGGCAUUAUCGGGAUCUGGAAGCUAUGGCCAAGAUAACAGGCGCAGACCCCAUUUUCAUCGAUGCAGACUUCAAGAGUACAAUCCCUGGAGGACCCAUUGGAGGGCAGACAAGAGUCACUCUUCGGAAUGAGCACAUGCAGUACAUCAUUACCUGGUAUGGACUGUGUGCAGCCACAUCAUACUUGUGGUUUCAAAAAUUUGUGCGGCGGACACCAGGUGUGUGAAGUUAACAAACCUGUUCCUAUAAAAUAAAGAUUGUUAUCUUUAAACCCUG